AUGGAAUAAAUUUAUUUAAAUCAUAAAAAUAUCAUGCUAUCUAUAGUCGUUCUUUUCUAUACAGAUAAAAAAUAAUACCUCAUCAAAAUAUAUGGUCAAUGAAUCUCGUAUACUAUGCUGGAUCCUAACUAACCCCAGAAAUUUACCAAAAAAAACUAUAUACAUCAAACAAACGUGGGGUCCCAGGUGCGACAGGACCUUAUACAUGAGCACGAUCGAAGAUCCCGAUUUUCCGACCAUAGGAGUUUACGAUGACCUCGCCAAGGCGGAGAGUAAACGCCUGAACGCGCGCAAGGUCAAAAACGCGUGGAUAUUUAUCCGCGACAAUUAUCCCGAUUUUGACUUUUAUUACAAAGUGGACGACGACACCUAUGUGAUAGUCGAAAAUCUGAGACAGUUCCUCGACACCAAAAAUCCCGAUUCCAGCGAAUUCUACGGUCACCGAUUUGUCAUCCAACGGGAAUACAAAAUCAAAUAUGCCAGCGGAGGGAGCGGCUAUAUCCUGACCAAUAAGUGCCUCUUUUUGCUAUACGGCGAAUUAACGAAUUCUUCGUCCCGCGAAACCUGCAUCCCGGACGGGGCCGGGGAAGACUGGAAAAUAGCCCGCUGCCUCAAUAGAGUGGGUUGCGAGAUAGUCGAUACGCGCGAUGACGAAGGAAAAGAGCGGUUCAUGGUAUUCCCUCCGGGUUACCACAUAAAAGGAGUUUACACUGAAUGGUACGGUCGCUUUGAUGUAGACAAAAGUUUGAAAGGUGUCAAUUGCUGCUCCAAGUACCCCAUUAGCUUUCAUUACAUAGAGGGAGAUGAUAUAUUAGGAAUGGACUAUUUAUUGUAUAAAGUUCGUAUUCAUUAA